UUUGAGAAAGGCAGGUUUCCAACUUUCCACGGUGAAUUCGACGUUGUCCUUCGUUUUCCUUGUUCCGAUCUAAUUCUACAGCCACACGCAGAGGGAGAGGGAGAGGGAGGUUGAGGGAGAGGGAGAGGGAGGUUGAGGGAGAGGGAGAAUGCUAUCAUCAAAAGCCCUAAGGCCAACAACACCGCUGUGUAGAUGGAAGAGCUCUCCUCGCUCAGCUCUCCCUCGCAACCACCAGCUUCGUCUCCUCCCUUCUUCUAAUCUCUCCUUCCCUCAUCACUCUGCUGCUCCUCCUUCUACUUCUUCUUCUGAUGCUACUACUGCCAGUACUUCUUUUUGUGUGACCGAUUUGUCAUCUUCGAUUGGCACGCCUCCGUCUACCUUCACGCAAUGGAGCCUGGAUCAGCGUCACAUGCUCGCCCUCAAUGCCGUUGCUUGUGUGGCAGCAUUGUCAGCAUCUUGGUUACUUUUCAGUGCCAUUCCAACGUUGCUGGCUUUCAAAAGGGCUGCGGAAUCAAUGGAGAAGCUGCUAGAUGCAACAAGGGAGGAACUCCCAAACACGAUGGCUGCGGUCAGAUUGACUGGCAUGGAAAUUAGCGACUUGACGAUGGAGCUUAGUGACUUGGGUCAGGAGAUAACUGAGGGUGUGCGUAACUCCACCAGAGCUGUUCGCAUUGCUGAAGAGAGACUGCGGCAUUUGACAAGUAUGACAACAACAGGUUUUGUGCAGAAAAGAAACUUGGUGAUGCACCACAGAGCAACACCAGCAGUAGCUAAAACAGCAAGGAGUCUCCGGCAUGGGAUCAUCAAUGGCCGUGCUGUUUUCCGAAGCGUGGUUGGUCUGAUCCAGUUCUCUAGGUGGUUAAUGAAUUUUUGGGCAACUCAGAAGCAAAGAAGACAACUGUCUAAAUGAGAGUCCAUUUUUUCUGCUUAUUUAUGUAUAUGAAUGUUCAGCAUUACCUGCGGGCCUGUGAAGUAGUUAUCUAACAUGUGGGUUCCUAAAAGUAGUGCUAGAUAGUUGGAGGCUGCUGCAUGAAAAGUAUGAAAGUAUGUAUGGCAGGAUUUGAGUUUUUUUUUUUUUUUUUUGGUUGGUCAUGAAGCAUCGUCGAUUAACAAAGAUAUAGUUAUUUGAAGCAUCAUAAACUAGGAGAAGUAAUGAUAAUUAUUUACCUUAGUGAUUGACAAA